AUGGAGGAUGAGGAGGUGACAGUGAUAGAGGAGCAAAGAGAUUAUCUGUCUAACGUGAUUUUUGCAUUAAGGGCCGAGAAAUUGGUUCGUAAGGGUUGCAAAACGUUUCUAGCUUAUGUUGGCAUUUCUGGUUCUAAAGGUCCUUUUGUUAGAGAUGUCAGAACUGUUAAGGAGUUUUCGGAUGUAUUUCCUAAAGAGCUUCCUGGGUUGCAUCCAAACUGUGAGGUCGAAUUUGGCAUUGAGCUCUUACCUGGGACAGCUCCGCCAGUAAAGAUUCCAUUCUGGAAAUGGGAGAGGUUAACCAUGGAUUUUGUAAUCUGCACUGAUUAUUCGUUGCAGAGAUUGGCCAAGUUGUAUGUGGCUGAGAUUGUGAGACUUUGGGAAGACUAUUUUCCAUUGGUAGAGUUCUCUUACAACAACAGUUAUCAAUCUAGUAUUCAGAUGGCACUGUACAAGGUGUUAUAUGGUCGUAGGUGUCGUACUCCUACUUGUUGGAUAGAACUUGGUGAGUGGCGAGUUUUGGGGCACGAGUUGGUUUCUGAUACUAAAGGUAAGCGUGUGGGACCGAUCGCCUAUCAACUCGAGUUGCCUCCUGAGGUAGACAUAAUUCAUGAUGUGUUCCACGUCUCCAUGUUGAGGCGAUAUCGCUUGGAUCCGUCACAUAUAGUGCCAGUUGAGGAAAUUGAGAUUAGAGUUGAUUUGACUAUCGAGGAAGAACCAGUGCAGAUACUGGAUCGUGACAUUAAUGUAUUAAGGAGGAGAUUUGUUCUGCUGGUCAAAGUACUAUGGCGUAAUCACGGUUCAGAAAAAGCAACAUGGGAACCAGGGGAGGCGAUGUGA